ACUGAAAGAACAGUUACUGAAAGAACGCUCACAAACAUGGACUUAAAACCAACUGACCAGCGAGAUUUCACUCUGUAGGAAAUGACUGAAUAAGAGCUGUAGAGCCAUUACUUAAGAAGAUACUUGUGUGACAUCAUAGGAAUAUAAGGUGGGAAAAGCAGAAAAAUUAGGAGACAGACCUCCCCCUCCGCCUCGUGUCAUUGGAGGCCAGCCGGCUUAUACCGUCCAUCGGAUACUGGAUUCCCGCCGGGUGCAGCGGUCCUGGCAGUAUCUGGUGGACUGGGAAGGCUACGGUCCCGAGGAGCGCUCCUGGGUUCCUGCCAAAGACAUCCUGGACCCUGACCUCAUUCGUCAGUUCAGGGCCCUCCACCCUGAGAGAGCUGGCUUCGUAUCUCAACAGGAUGACAUCCAGGUACAACUGCUCCUCCGCUCACAGCUGGGACUGCCCACAGGAAGGGAUGUGUGGCAACCUGACCUCUGACCUGAACGGCAGCGCGGGGCUGGUAGAUGCAUGCCUGACACAGGAAGAGUAUCUAGAGAAGUACCUGGGCCCUCUGCGCUCCUCUGUCUUUCUCCCCAUCUGCCUCACCUACCUGCUCAUCUUCCUGGUGGGUGCGUUUGGCAACUUGCUAACCUGCAUCGUCAUCGCUCGCAACAAGGUUAUGCGCACGCCCACCAACUACUACCUGUUCAGCCUCGCAGUGUCUGACCUGCUGGUGCUGCUGCUAGGCAUGCCACUGGAGCUCUACGAGAUGUGGCAGAACUACCCAUUCCUCCUGGGCAAGGGCGGCUGCUACUUUAAGACUUUCCUGUUCGAGGCGGUCUGCUUCGCCUCCAUCCUCAAUGUGACGGCGCUCAGCGUGGAGCGCUACAUCGCUGUGGUGCACCCUCUGCGCGCCAAGUACGUGGUGACGCACACACAUGCCAAACGGGUCAUUAUGACCGUGUGGGGGAUCUCAGUGCUAUGUGCUGUGCCCAACACCAGCCUGCACGGCAUCUUUACCCUGCAGUCGGCAGACGGGGGCACCACCAGGAAGGAAAUCCCAGAGUCAGCCAUCUGUACGUUGGUUAAGCCCCGCUGGAUGUACAACUUGACCAUCCAAGUGACCACCCUGCUUUUCUUCAUGCUUCCCAUGCUGACCAUCAGCGCUCUCUACCUGCUCAUCGGUCUGCAGCUCAAACGUGAGAAGAUGCUCCAGGUGAUGGAGGCUGAGACAAGCCACAGCUACUGCAACGUCCGCAGCCAGCAGCAGAAAGCCAGGCGACGCCAGGUCACCAAGAUGCUGUUUGUUCUGGUGGUGGUUUUUGGAAUCUGUUGGGCUCCGUUCCACACCGACAGACUUAUGUGGAGCUUCAUCGACGAGUGGACCAGCAUCCAGCUGGAGGUGUACAAGUAUGUCCACGUGGUCUCUGGCGUCUUCUUCUACCUCAGCUCGGCCGUCAACCCGAUCCUCUACAACCUCAUGUCCACCCGCUUCCGAGAGAUGUUCAAGGAAGUGAUGUGUCAUCGGCCACGGCACCCCGUGCCCAGGAAGCAGUCACUCAGUGUUACCCGGGUAACACUCCGCAGCAUUCUCAGUGAGGCCACGCCCAUUAAUGGCAUUGCGGGCCUACACGAAGACAAGGAGCAUGAGACCACCUUUCCUUGAAAGGACUUCCUAGCAGAGGAGAAUUAAUACACUAAACUGAUCAGAUGGACGAUGAUUCUGGGAUGAUUGAGAUGUAUUGUUAUAAGGGAUUUUAAGGAUCGAAGGAUGUGCUUAUCCAAUCUAUGUUAUUGCAAGCUUUGGUCACCAUACCACAGUAGACUUCUCCUGUCACUAAACUCCCUAAACACAAGAAAACAAAACAAAUUAAAACCUGAUGCUUUGACGUAUUAUUUGAGCAAUUCUAUGAAAAGAAAUAUCUCAGGAGAUACAGACAAAUCGAUAAUUCUCAUCUAGAAGACCUGGUAGAUUCUGCAUCACUGCUUCUGCACUACUCCUUUUUAGCAUUUCAUGUUCAACAGCACAAAACCUUUGAACAUCCAGUCUCAAGAGAUGGCUUAAAGUUGAUUUUCCUUACAGCUCAGAUUGAAAACAGGCCGACAUGCCCUGUCAAAGCUCCUUCAAAGAUGAUGUCCAACGUGGUUGUUUGACGAAUGUAUAUAGUUCUCAAAUCACUGAGUGAUUUACAAUGGUGGAAAGGUUUUGCAGUGUGUACUAAAUAGAACUUGAGAUGAGCAGCUUCAAAUCAAAUGCCAUUUAUCACAUGCGUCUAAUACAACCUUAUAGUGAAAUGUAACAUGUAACACCUGCUUUCUGAGCAUAAUAAUACAUAUCUGGGGCGGCAGGGUAGCCUAGUGGUUAGAGCGUUGGACUAGAAAUCGAAAGGUUUCAAGUUCAAAUCCCCGAGCUGACAAGGUACAAAUCUGUCCUUCUGCCCCUGAACAGGCAGUUAACCCACUGUUCCUAGGCCGUCAUUGAAAAUAAGAAUUUGUUCUUAACUGACUUGCCUAGUAAAAUAAAGGGAAAAUAAAUAAAGAAAAAAUAAUUAUCUGGGUAUUAAAAAAAGUUAACCUCUACCGGACUACAGUAAAAAAAAAAAAAAAAAGCUUCAAAAUAGAUGUAGCUGCACCGUCAACUGCAUAUUUUCAGAAAUGUAUGUCAUUGCAUGAGUCGUUGGAUAUUGCUAAUGAACUUGACGCCUCCAUUCAGGAGAGUUUGCACAUUAUUAACAGAGGGAGGUAUCCUGCUGCAGAUUGGCAUUUUUAAAAAAAAUAGCUUUUAAAAUUCGCCAGACACUGUAUGUCUCCAUCAACAAUCUGGUGAAUGAUCUCUGAUGAUCUGUUUCACUAAUGUAAAACGUACAAACAUGAGCGUGACUAUGUACAAAAACAAUGUAUAGAUUCACAGUAGAUAAACACAUAUUUAACAAUUCGAUGUAUUCAUAAAAAAUAAAAAAAAUGGGUAAAAACACCAGGAGCAUUUGAAUCUGAAUCUCUGAUCAAGGACUGAUUUAGACCUGGGACACCAGGUGGGUGCAAUUGAUAAUAAGUAAGCAAUAGCCUUGCACGAGCCUUGGCUUGUGAGACCCGGAACGGUUCAUAAUUACCAGGUAGAACAGAAAACCAGCAGAACUUCGCACCUCCUGGAUCGGAUCUAAACACCACUGGUCUAAACUGAUGAAAAAGAGACACUGUUUGGAACCUCCAAAACGAUGGAGAAUCAUUAGGAAGUAAGAGCACUGACAUAAUGUGAAUGGGGAAAGGUAAUCUUUAAAGCCGAGGGUAUUUGGCUUCAUGAAAUAAAGGACCUCGUGCUAAUUCCAAAAUCAAACUUAAUUGUUUUAACUUUUUUUUACCAUCAUAAUUAUUUCAUUGUAUUAUUUUGGCCUUUACAUUUUGGACAUUUAAGCAGACACUCUUAUCCAGAGUGACUUAGUCAGUGCAUUGAUUUAUGACUUUGAUUUGCCUUUAUCUGAAACUAUUAAAUCCAAGUCAUAACUCUUAAAGGUAUUUUGUUAAGGAAGUCCUUUAUCUACUUUCCCAGAGACGAACUCAUGGAUACAAUGUUUAUGUCUCUCCAGUUAGAGGCAGCUUUGCAAGCUAACUAGCAUUAGCACAAUGAGAGGAAGUCUAUGGUACAGCAAGCUAGCAGUUACCAUAGACUUCCAGUCAUUGCUCCAACACUAGUUAGCAGUUGCGCUAAUGCUAGUUAGCAAUUUCCUUCAAACUGCACGCAGAUAUAUAUAUAAAAAAAAAAGGUAUCUACAAGUUCAUGACUCUGGGGAAAUAGAUAAAGGGCUUCGUUGCCAAAAUCCUGAAGUAUCCCUUUAAGAGUUUAAGCUUCAGAUUAAUAUGAAGCUUCUUUCCAGUCAAGUCAGUGUGUUGUUGUGAUUCUGGAUGGCCAGAUGACAAGAAAGUGGGGAAACGUAGGUAGGUCGUUUCAGCUAGUUUUAUCUUGUUCUUGAUACAAUGUCUUGUUUUGACCUGUUUUGACUGUCACUUCUAUGCUAAUGUUCCAAAAAAUGUGCUAGCUAGCUUACCAACAACUGUAACAGUGUAUUUCAGAGACAACAAGUGCUCAUUGUGCAACUUAAAUAUUGGAGACAAAAUAUAGUUUACACGUUGUCAACAAUCUAAGCCAACCCUGUCUGUUUUGCACCAUCGUUGCACACAUGUCGUUUUUUGUUACUAAACAAUUAAUCUUUCUAUUAAGGAGUAGACUACUCCACUAAAGUCAUGUAUUAAUUUACCUUUAUUUAACUGGGCAACUUAGUUAAGAGCAAAUUCUUAUUUACAAUGACAGCCUAGGAACAGUGGGUUAACUGCCUUGUUCAGGUGCAGAACGAUAGACUUUUACCUUGUCAGCUUGGGGAUUCGAUCUUGCAACCCAUCAGCUACUAGUCCAAGGCUCUAACCACUACCUGCCACCCCUGAAUGUAUACAUUUUUACAGUAUAAGAUGUACAGGAUAGCAAAUGACAAGAAACGGGUAUUGAUUUUCUGAGAGUGUACACUGCCGAAUGGGUGCUUCAGCAGAGCUGUGAAAAUAACUGGCCUUCUGAAGAUGUGCACUGAAGUCCUGUGAGCAAACAUCAAAUCUUCUGAACGCCAUUUCACCAAACAAAUCUUUUAUCGAGGUUGGCCUCAUUGAACUGCCAUCCCAGCAGCUGCUAGUUUCCAUCUACUCUUGGAGGUGGUGUGUGAGCCAGGAAAUGUGUCAAUCUGUCAGUCCUUCUGCAAGGAGCUGUCGUACCACCUCAUGUUCUCAUCCAUCAUCGCCCGAGCGACAACACCUGUGUCAGGCACAGUAAAUGACCAUUUCGCUGCUUUGACAAAACAUGGAAUGUACAUCCAAACAGGCAGUUACAGCUAACAAACUGAUUCAUCCCUCUGACCACACUAUCUGAUUUGGGGGGGGGCACAUUUUCACAUUUUCACAAACCAAAGGAGAGGGACCAUCUGGUCAACAGUGGGUACGGACUGAUCAACAAUCUUGUACAGACUCUCACUGUUUGAGAUUUUGACUGAAUGCAACUGCAGGAUUCUAUCUCUUUGCUUCUUUUUCUUGUAUUUCUUGUAAAUGUAUACCUGUGUGAUAGUUUCAGUGCAGAAGUGUUUCCGGGGGGGGGGGGGGGGUUGUGCUGUAGUGCCACUACUGUAUAAAGCUGCAAGAGAGGAAUAUUGUACAUUGGAAACCAAUGGGUGAAUAAAAAAUGUUUUUUUUUAAAUUAAAAAAUGCUUGAAUUUUUACCGGUACCUAAAAUAUUCUACUGCUUGAGCAUCUGUUCCUCUUAUAAAAUAUUAGCUCAGAGCGCCUGCACCUAAAUAUAAACAGUUCCGGCUUCCAAAAUCAGUACCGGAAUCUGUUUCAGUCCAAGUCAUGCACUGUACUGAGUUAUUGUGUUCGACAGGGUAUUUAAUAAGGACAAAAAGGAAUUGAUUUAUUUUUGCUUGAAAUAUGCAUUGUGAUUCUGUUUUGCUUAUUAAAUAUGUAACGGAAAACUGUAACAUGUCGUGGAAAAGCUUUACCAAGAUGCAAAGCUUUACCAAGAUGCAAAGCUUUACCAAAACAGGUUAUGCCAAAUAUUAUCUAAACUCAUACAAUAUAAUGUCACAUUUGUAAGAUGAGUUCUGUGUUGGAAUGCAUUAUAUAUACAUUAUAUAAGUGAUGUUGAUCUAGUGGUAACGUCAGCAAUUUCUGAGAACAAAUCCACUCAAACAACAAUCAUUACAUUUAACUGUCAUUAAAAUUGAUACCUGCAUUGACACAGUUUUGUUAAAUUGUUUUUUUGGUUGUGUCGAAACUAGUCUACAAAUAAUGUGUGGUUUGAUUUGAACUGGAUUUUAGUGUGCAAAUUGACAGAGGUUAUUACCAACCAUAAAGCAAGAAAACUUUCUUUGAAGUAUUAUAAGUAUAGUAUUUUUCUGUCUGGGAAAUAAAAUGAAUACACCUAAA